AUGGAUCCCCUGCCCAAAGACGGCGAGAGCGCGGCGGGCGGGGAGCCCAGCCGGGGCGCUGCCCCCUCCAGCGGGGUGGUGGUGCAGGUCCGGGAGAAGAAGGGCCCCCUGCGCGCAGCCAUCCCCUACAUGCCGUUCCCCGUGGCUGUCAUCUGCCUCUUCCUCAACACCUUCGUGCCAGGGUUGGGAACAUUUGUAUCAGCUUUCACUGUGCUGUGUGGAGCCCGGACUGACCUCCCUGACAGGCACAUAUGCUGUGUUUUCUGGCUGAACAUUGCUGCUGCAUUGAUCCAGAUCCUGACAGCAAUUGUGAUGGUCGGAUGGAUUAUGAGUAUAUUCUGGGGAAUGGACAUGGUCAUUCUUGCAAUUUCACAAGGCUCCAAGGAGCAGGGAAUCCCACAGCAGCUGUAGUGGCUGGGACAAGUAUGUUCAGAGAAACACGGCGAGCGAUUUCCUUGGGCAGCUGUGGGCCACGGACCUUCUCAUUACCCUUUGUCUCUCUUCUUCCUUUUGUUUUGUGCCUGCCCCCGGUCCACCUGCCUGUCCAGCGGAGCGGAGGUACCGAGCACCCGAGGGAGACUUGCACUGACUGAGCAGCAGAGAUGGGGCGAGCGCAUCGCACCUUGGGACUGGCCCCAGCAAGCCAGCGAUGGGUGGCCAAGGAGGAGGAAGAGGAGGGUGCCAAGAGGAGGGGAGCCCCUGGGCAAGGUGGCACCCAGUCAGGCACUGGCACCAAGGGGGUGGGAGAUGCUGCACUCUCUGCUGUCCCAGCAGGAAGUGGCCAGAGCUAUUGUGCCUCCUGUUUCGCUUGCUGUUAAAGAAAACCAGCUGUGAACAUCAAAUGCCAAGGAGCUAUUAAUAGGUACAUGUACAGUCUGUAAAAGCAAACAAGUUGUACAAUCUUUCCCCUCCAAGAAGCCAUUCUUGACUGCUUCGUGGCAACAAAUGGCUCAGCCCAGCCUCCUCUGCUGUGUAUUUAUGACGCUUGGCAAAGCUAUAUCAUUGCAAACGUCUUGAGAAAUGUGUACUCUGUAAAUUGUGUUGUACUGCUGAACUGAAUUGGGCUGUUCCCUCCUUCAGUCCAUUGGCACCAUGCAAGCACCUGCCCCCAUCGGCCCCAGGAGGCUCCUGCUAGCAGCAGGCAGGGCACCCCAAGCUACCAAAAGCUCCUCCUGUAAAGGCUUUUCCUCCCCUGCCCCUGGAAGGGAUGUGCUGGCAAUGUUUCUUUGCUUUGAAAAUGGAUCCCUGCAGUGUAACCCACGGUACCGACUGACACUGCGGCUCUGCUCUGCUACCCAGGGGCCAGAGGAAUCACCCAGCACCUUCAUUCCCCCCCUGCUGCAGGAGCACACAGCAUCCUGGAGGUCUCACUCGUGCCUGCAGGAGCAAAGCCCUGACCCCCUCCUCACUGGACACAUCAGCUGAUGCUUCCACCAGAACAUUCCCCUCUGCCUCCCUUCACAGUUAUAGUGCAGCAAACACCAGAAGGCUGUGGCCGUGCUUCUUGCUGAUCCUUGCACACAAUCCAGCUGCCAACUUGGACUUGGGCGUGUGGCACUGAGCUGGCUCCAUAUCAUCCUUCACUUUGUGAGAAUAAAUGUUUUAGGUGCAAGCUAAAGAGCAGUAGUAACUGAUGAAGACUGCAACUGCUUCGCCACCAUCAGCCAUCAACAAACUAUUUUCUGCUGCUCUUUCCUCAUUGUGAAAACCAGGCUUUUUUUCAGAAAGGGCUGCAAUGAAACAGUUUCAGCCAGGCUCAAAUGCUGCUUCACUGCUUGUCGGGAAGCACCGUCAGGUAGAGACCAAACCAAACACUUUUCUGCAUUUGUAGUGAGUCAUCAAAUAGCUUCGCAGCUGAAGCACUGCAAUGGGGAGAGCGUGGAAAUGUUGAUGAAUUUGUUGGUGUUGUCAGUUCUGUACUUAUCACAGAAAAAGGGCUGUGGAAAAUGCUCGCUGUCCUGCCCAAAUCCCAAGAAAGCUGCAUGUUCCUCCCCAUGUGCAUCAGCUGCCACACAUUUCACUACAGACUUUUUGCUGGACACUGCUCCUUGGCACAGCCUCUGUGCUGCGGGAUGUUUUACUCAGAGCUCCGCCUCCAGGAAGACCACACAUGAAGACUCACAGGGCCGAUACUCUUCAGGGGCAGCUUUGUUCCAUCCUGGUGUUGCAUUCUCUCCUUUUUGGGAUGAUCCACGCGCAUGCUCAGCCAGCAGAGUCUCCUCUCGCCAUACCACUGCACAGCACCAUGGGGGCACUGCACAGGGCUUUGUCUCACAAACACACUUCUUUUUUGAGCUAUUCCUUCUGAACUACGCCUUCUACAUGUCAACGCUGGCAUUCAGAAUGGCCCAAGAAGAGCCAUAAAUGCAGACAGACCUAAUGUUCCUUCCAGCCCAAAGUGGAGGCUUCUCCCAGGUGCUCAGUGGCAAUGCACGCAUGUGGUUCCCAGCUGAGGUUUCUCUGUGUUUGUGCACACAGUUCACUUUCAGACAGUUUGGGGAUUCAUUGUCUGAUCUGGAACUCAGCAUUUCCAGCCUACCUGCAUACCAUUCCAAGUGACCGUGGCACCAGAUGAGCUGGAAUCAGUGCAACAAGCCCAGCAGGAGCCCCUGCCACCUACCACCAAUCCUUCGUCCCCAUCAUCUGUAAUUGUGACCUCUCCCUGCACUCACCCAAAGGGCAGCAGCACUCCCUUGGUAUGCUUCUGCCCUAGUGAGGAGGGAACUGAUGCCUGUGUGCAUCAUCUGCUCCCUAUAUGGAGUUGGUGCUGGUGCCCUGACAUUCAGCCUGCAUUCUGUUUCUGUGCUGGUGCCUGACCUGACCCCUGCAGUCAUGGAGGAGGGCUUGUGUGUCCACUGAUGUUGCCAACUGGUUGUGAUGUGCUGUGUUUUGAUACUGUGGAUUUUUUCUCUCUCACUCUC